AUGGCUACUGUACAGUCAUCGCCGGAUAUUAGUUUAGCAUCCCCUUUACCAGUGAAGCAGGAGGCGAGCGAAAUAGACAUUAUGGCGCUGACCAUGGCCGCUCUCCGGCUGGUUAGCCCGUGGUCGGUGGAGAAGAAGCCUAAAUGGUCAUCAAAAAUAGUACCGGGAGCCCCAGAAGCGAGGGACCGUAUUCUAACUCUCGCAGAGAUCUCCCAUCACGACACUAGAGACGACUGCUGGGUUGUUAUAUACGACCGGGUCUACGAUAUAUCGACUUUCUUAUACGAGCAUCCCGGUGGUGAUGAGAUAAUGCUAGAGUAUGCAGGCCGGGACGCCAGUACUGCCUUUAGAGGCUCGGGUCAUUCAAAAAUGGCGCUAAAAGCGUUAGAUCGCUUCUUAAUUGGAGAGCUUCCUAUGCACGAGAGAAUGUACCGCAGGCCAGGCGGGAUACGACUCAGCGAUAUACCAGAAUAA